AAGCAUAUAAAGGCCCUUGAAAUUUUAAAUCCAAGCUAGAAACGUACCAGGCUAUAAAGUGAAAAUAAUAAGCAAAUAAUUACGGAGUACAAACUAGAGGGGGUUUAUGACCCAGAACUACAUGCACAAUAAUGAGAGAGAUAGAGAGUAGAGUCACACGAAGUGGAAAAUAACAGAAGAUGAUCGGCGGAUGGGAAUUUUAUACUUGCCAAUCGACAUUGCCGGAUCAGUACUCUGCAAAAGUCGUCGACAGUAGAUAGUAAUCGCCAUGGGCGGAAUGAUUGUUUUCUGAUUGCGGCAACAAAACAUUGUUGAGGCAAAUGCCUGGACCAACUAGUCCCAAAGCCAGCCCUCGAAACUGGCUAAGGGUAGUAAUGUAGCUAGGUACGUAGAUGUUGAGGCAGUUAUGUUGAUCAAAAGUAUAGUGAUGGUGAUGAAAAGAGAGUCUCUCUCCCUUCUUCCCAUUUCAAAUUUCCACCCCACUCUCUUCUUCUAGCUCCCUCCAUGGGCAUAGCUAUGGGCACAUUGUGCCCUCGCCCACCCCAAUUUUGAUAAAAUUCUUUACUUUUAUUUGAAAAUUUUUUAUCGAAAAUUUAUGAAUACUUAUAUGGAUGAUUAUUUUCCAGCCCACCUCAAUUUCCUCUUCUGAUUAUGCCACUAGCUACAUACAACUAUGAGAUAGAACAUAGCAACAACGUGCUAGCUGACAUUUUUCUGCCAAUAAGUUGACGUCUUUCUAACAAAAUCAUUUGUUUCUCUUUCUUCUUCACCUUCUUCAUCAUCAUCAUCUUCUUUCAUUUUUUAAUUUGUGGGUAUAUGGUUCUUUUGCUAGUAAAGAUGACAUUUUUCUCCCAAAAAGCUAAGGUGACUGAUAGAUUAUAUCGACCCGGACCCCAUAGCCCAUGUACUCAUAAGAUUAAUACAAGGACAGCUGGCACCCACGUGGUCUUUCAUAGGCCUGGACCUCCUUCGUCCAGGAAGAACCGGCUCACAGAAUGCUGCCCAGAAGCCCAGGAGCAGAAGUUUGGUACGGUCCUCUGUUGGCCAAGCCCUCCAUCGACCUGGCACUUUUACGGCCAACGAGACUCCAGCAAACUAGAUUUUAUACUUAGCUCUAGAAAUCAUGUACUCAGCCCAUUUGAGGCCUUAUUUUGUACCGGGUCUCCCAGGCCCAACUUAUGGGAGCCCAAACUCACAUUUCCCCUAUAAAUAGCUCCCUAAGGUAGUUAUAAGGGAUUGAGAAAUAUUAAUUACUCACUUUCUCUCUCUAACUCUCACUUCUCUCC